UAAAUUUGCGAACAAUUACGAUUUUGGCAUUAAAAAAAAGAAGUUUUAUAUUUCCUAAUUUUUUUAAUUUUUUUUUUCCCUACGAGGAGUGAGCAAGACACUGCCAUGGAGGAAGCACUUCCACUCCCCCACGACGCACUCCAACUCCACCGCCGAUCAAUCCCGACCAUUUAUGUCGACCCCUUGGAAACGCUCAUCUCAACGGUCAGGAUGAUCCGAGACAUCCUCAUCAGAACCUCACCUCACGACAUCGAAUCCGAGCUCGCCUCGACCGGAAUAAUCCCCUCCUCCGACGUGGUAGUCCGGGUGCUGAAGCUCACCUAUGAAUAUCCCUCCUCCGCCUUGAAAUUCUUCCGGUGGGCCGGGCUGGCCCAGAAACACUCGGCCGAGGCCUGGAAUCUAAUGGUGGAUCUGCUGGGCAAGAACACUCUGUUCGACGCCAUGUGGGACGCCGUGAGGUCCAUGAAGCAGGAGGGGGUUCUCUCCAUAGUCACCUUCACAUCCAUCUUUGGCAGCUACUGCGCCGCUGGCCGAGUCGACGAAGCCGUCAAGAGCUUCGAAGUCAUGGCUCGCUACGGCAUCCAACAAGACGCCUUCGCGGCUAACUCGCUUUUGAGCGCGAUUUGUCGCAAGGACGCCGGCGGCGGCGGAACUGCUAGAGCUUUGCAGUUCUUGGAAAACAUGGAGGCGGCGACGGGAAUCGUCCCCGACGAGGACUCGUUCGCCAUUUUGCUGGAAGGCUGGGAGAAGGAAGGCAAUGUCGGUGAAGCAAAGAAGACGUUCGGUAAAAUGGUUGGCCGAAUCGGGUGGAGCCCGACGAAUGUCUGCUCUUACGACGCCGUUUUGAGGACACUGGUGAGGGGUUCGGAUGUUGAAGAGGCGCUCAAGUUCCUUAAGAUGAUGAAGGGGAAUGGGUGUUCUCCGAGCCCGAAGUUCUUCUCCGAUGCUAUUGAAAUUCUGGGUAAGAGAAACGACAUACGACACGCCGUUUCGAUGUGGCAAGCGAUGCUUCGUACUGGGUUGUUGCCCAAUUUGGCUAUGUACAAUGCGAUGAUCCACUUGCACUGUGACAAUGGCGAUUACGACGAUUCGAUUAGGCUGCUGGAUGAGAUGGUAUUCAAUGGUGCUUUUCCUGAUUCUUUGACUUACAAUUUGAUUUUUGGUUGUUUAGUUAAGAAAGAUAGAGUUAGAGAAGCAGGCAAGUUCUUCUUCGAGAUGGUAAAGAACGAGUGCCCGCCGAGUUAUUCGAACUGUGCUGCGGCCAUUAAGAUGUUUUUCAGAGGAGAGGAACCAGAAAUGGCAGUCCAAGUUUGGAACUUCAUGAUUGAAAACGGCGUCAAGCCUCUUGAUGCAGGAGCCAAUGCAUUUCUCUUGGGGCUUAGUAAGUUGGGUAGGUUGACAAAAUUGAGAAGGAGUUUCGAAGAUAUGCUGGAUAGAAGGAUUGUCAUAUCUGAAUCAACAAUGGAAAGCUUGAAAAAUGCAUACUACAAGGAGGGGAGAAGUGGAAGGGAUAAAUAUGAGAGCUUGGCAAGGAGAUGGAAGAGCUCAUUGGCUCGCUAGUUUAUUGGAGUUCACGGUGUAAACUUCUUCUUCUUAAUCUGUAUAGAGGGUUUGCUCUUUAAAACUUUUAGAUACGUUUAGGAUCUCUUGGAUAUGUGGCGGCUGUACAUUGGAAGUCCUUGGCUAUAAUUGUAUGUUUUGGUUUUCCUUGAAUGCUACUUUGUGAUCAUGUUAUUGAUUGCUCUGUCCCAACCUCAAGAUGUUCUCAUAUUAAAAUUUCUACUUACCCUGCAGCUCCCUAACCUUUUAUCGUAGACUAUGGAGGCCUUGUGUUUUUUUUUUUUGCUGUUAUUAGGUUGAUAUUGUAAUUGAUAUGGUUAAAUGGGCUAGCAUCAAGUUGUCAUAUUUUAUAUUUGUAAUGAGCUUUCUAACUCGGAAACCUCUGAAAUGUUAUUUUUUUGGAUGUUAUUCUGGAGCUUU